AUGUAUAACGCUCCAAUAGUUCUAUCGGAUGACGAAGAUUCAGUUCCAUCAUCGAGCAAUACACACGAUGUGUCAAACGUAUGUUCCAUACUAGAAGUGGACAGUAAGGACUCGGAUAGAAAGAGGAAGCAGAAACCAGCGCUUCUUUCAGUUGACACAACAACCUCGAAGGAAAAACAGAAGACGAAAACAGUAAGGAAGAAGCGUGCCACAAAUAAAAAUGAGAAACUUGAAGCAAUACCAUUCUGGAUUAAUUCACCAAAGGAUGUGAAGGAGAUACCUACACACGUAAAGCUGGUGUGUGAUAGACUAAUACAUGUAGAAAAACAAAUAAAAAAGUUUUGUUCGGAAAGACAGGGACUGCUGUCUGCACUAUGGAAGUUAAAGGGCGAAGGAUACGAAAGCUUCUUUCCAGAUCCAAUAUUAAAAUCGUUGACAGUGAACGAAGAUGAAGAAAGACAACAAGAUGAAGAAAAGGGCGACAAUGAAGACCAAGAGGAUGAAAGGGAAGAGAAGGUUGACUAUAUCGAAGACAACGAGACUAAAUCAUCUGAUCCUGAGGAUAAAUUAUGGCAGUCGACCUGGCUGUCGAACGAGUCACAAGUGACGCCGACCAGAACGCCGACAUUAAAAAAGAAAAUUAACUCUAGUUGGAGUAGAAAAACGGAUUCGCCGUACGACCUGGGUGUGUCCACGAGUAUCAGAGAAAGUGAGUUCGGAAGCUACAGCGUCCACUCAGAUGACAUGAACGAGUUGGCAGAAUACACAAGAGAACCAAUAGAAUUCUUCAAAAAUCUUGAUUUUUCGACACUAUCUCAAGCGGAUAUAAACACAUGGAGGAAGUUUUUCGGUCUUAAGAAAAUGGUAGAAAGUGAACUGAUAAGAGAACUGAAGAAAAUAAGAGACUAUUUGGUGUCAUUCGUAGAUACCUGA